CAAGCGUGGUAGGUCAUUGCAUGCUAUGUUCUUCAAAGAGGGAUCUUGCUGGCCGAGAUGUUCGGUCAAAGCGUGUUCCUAAUAUAAUCUACUCAGGCCUGAUCAUAGUCCCUACAUUCCUCAUCAAUACACUCGUCCUUCGCCAACAAAAUAUGGACACGCGACUACCACAAGUCCUUUGAGCUAUGGUUCAGGUGGACACACAUCAUCGUCCACGACAAUCCCAACGAGUUUAGGCCCAUGUGGCCAAGUGUCUGCACUGGCAUCUUCCUUCUUAGUCGCAAGUCCUAAAGCCACUCCGACGGUGCCUGCUCAGCUAGCAUACGAAUGUAUAAACUCUGUGCCGUUCAACCAGUCUGCAGCACUGGCGUACAUGGAUUCGAUUCGGCCGUAUGUCGACUGGCAGACAUCGAUCGAGUAUCUGAAGAAUCCGCCCAGUGAAUAUGCUAGCAAGAUUCAGCCAGCAUACGAUUUCUAUGCCAAUUGGAAUUCCAUUCGCAGCAAAGCCGCUGCUGGCUCGUAUGCUAGCGAGUAUGCUUUUGGCCAUGACAUCUAUGAGGCCUUUCACCUGGCCCACGAUGGCCAUUUCGUUAUCUACACGGACAGCUACAACUCUGUCUUUUCCUAUGGUCGCAAGACUCCGCUUGUGUCGGUAUCGCUUGAUGGCGUGAGCAUUCCUCAGGUCUUCGUCUACCAGGAUAUCCUCCAAUACGUGUCCAGUAACUCGACAGGCCGCAAGCCCAGUCCCUUGAAGUUGAUCAACGGCCAGGACAGCACCGAAUGGCUUCUCAACUUCUCGCAAGUCGGAAGCCUCCAGGACAGAGAUGCUCUGUGGAACAAUAUGUUCUAUCUUCUAGGUCAAGUCUCGCUCGGUUCGUCCGGCUCGGGAACUGGAACGUUUGCCGGUAAUGGACGAGGACGAUGGUCUUAUCCCGGACCUACCACGUCGCUUACAUUUGUCAAUGGCACGACCGUCGUCUUGGACAACUUCGCCCGCGUGCUGAAGCCUUUUGAUGGUAUUCAGACUGGCGCCGAUAUCUAUCGCCAGUUCUUUGCUGUGCCUGCAGGAGCUGUUCAACCCGCUGCAGCAGCUGCUGCUCCGACGAGUUCAUCAGAAUCAUCAAGUGUGUCUACAACAGUGCCUUCGAGUGCACCCACAUCCGCAGCUGCUUCGACCAAGGCUGCACCUCCCGGAUAUCCUUCGCCGAUCGUCCGGGAAAAGAACAAUCUCAACUCGGGCUACUUCCUCUCUGGCGCCGGUUACGAUGAUGUAGCAGUGCUCAGUGUACCAUCGUUCGUUUCGACCGGCCCUGAUGAGAUACCUUUCCAACAGACGAAUGAAAUUUUGAUAAAUCGAGCCAUCGCAGAGAACAAGACCAAGCUCAUCAUCGAUGUGUCCGCCAAUGGUGGUGGUACGAUUCUUCAAGGUUAUGAUCUUUUCAAACAGCUGUUCCCUCACAUCCUACCCUACGGCGCUACACGGUUCCGAGCUCACGAAGCAUUCGAUUACAUUGGACAGGAAACCAGUUACUUUUCUGGCUUAGUCCCAAGAAGUCUGGACACUAAUGAUACCGUACAGGGGCUAGUCUCGAGUGCCUUCAACUACCGCACGGAUACCGACAUCGAUUACAAGCCAUUCACCAGCUGGGCUGAGAAGUAUGGACCGCAUGCAUAUGGUCCUCAACCGGACAACUUCACAAGCAUCAUUCGUUGGAACCUCAGCGAUGUCCUGACCCCGGACAAUUCUGGUGGAAUCUACGUCUCUGGCUAUCUCGAACGUGCAAACAUCACGAAGCAGCCAUUCAAGGCUGAGAACAUCAUUAUCGUAUAUGAUGGAUACUGUGCUAGCACAUGUACGAUCUUUAGUGAGCUCAUGCGACAGCAGGCAGGCGUGAAGACAAUCGCGCUUGGCGGGCGUCCCAAUAAGGACAUUAUCCAAGCGGUUGGCGGAAUCAAGGGCACCAAUGACUUUCCCAUUGACGACAUUUUCUUCUACGCCCAAGUACCGUACGCCUACCAAUACAAGCAUUCGGCAGCAUUCUACAACAAAACCGCACUGGGCGAGUACAAUGACCUUGUGCUCAUCCGGUCAGCUGCCACGGCUAUGAACGUCCGGGAUGGCAUCCGCCAGGGUGAUACCACAGGCACACCGCUUCAAUUCCGAUAUGAGCCUGCAGAUUGCAGAAUCUACUACACUCCUGCUAUGGCAGUGGAUCAGACCGCUGCAUGGAAGACGGUUGCUGAUACCGCAUUCAACGGCAAGAAUCAUUGUAUCGCCGGUGGAUUGAAAACAUAUGGUGCUGCGAGUGCCGCGGCGGGACAGGGCCGUGUCCAGGCAGAACAGGCAUUUGAACCAGUCUCUGCGAGUGGCGAUGUUGACUAUGAGGCUCAUUUCAGAGCGAUCGACGAGGUCUGGACGGGACGAGGCGGCGUGGAGCAAAGAGCAAAUUCGGUCAUGUUGUUGUAGACGAUGGAUGAACUAAGUUCGCGAUGGUGAAAGUUACACAUGAAGUAUACAAUGUAUGAAGGAUUUUCUCUCUCUCCU